AUGCCUUCACAUCAGAAGUUCUCGCGUUCGGAACUUAUUUGUCUUCAUUCCAAGACCUUACAAGUUAGCCGUAAUGUUGUUUCGCCGCUCAAAGCAUUUAAUAUCUUCAAGCACCAGAGAGGAAAGAGAGGGGGUAGACGAAAGAAAGAUGAACAAGAACUCUCUAGAAUCCCAGUUCGUAUUACAUGGCGAUCAGCAAACAAAAUCAAUCACACGGAACGAAGGCCUAGGGCUCUUACAAGCAUUCCGCGGAAAGUUAACUCAAAUGUAAGAGGCAGGUACGAUUUCCCAAACAUUCUGUGCUCAAAUUCAAGAUCUAUUAUGAGUAAAAUUGACGAACUUGACGAAAUCAUGAAAGUGUAUUCGAUUGAUAUUACUGCAAUUACUGAAUCUUGGUUAAGUGAAUCGAUUAGUGAUGAUUAUGUAACGUUGGUAGACUAUAAUAUCUAUCGAUGUGACCGAGUUGGGCGAUUAGGAGGUGGAAUUUGUGCCUGGGUAAAGUCCGAUAUUCAACAACAACAAAUUUCUCAACACCAGUGUGAUGAUUAUGAGAGCAUGUGGCUCAAAGUUCGCCCUAGAAAGCUCCCUCGUGGGUUUUCAUCGAUUUUAGUAGGAAUUGUUUACAGACCAAAUAAUACGAAAGAUGCAAAUUUACUUGAACAGCAUAUAAUAGAAGUCACAGACAAUUAUUUGAUCCAUUACCCGGAUGCCGGUGUUAUUAUUAUGGGUGAUUUUAAUCGUAUGAAUGUAAAAUCUAUUGAAAGGAAGCUUCAUUUAAAACAAGUUGUCAACUUUCCAACGCGUAAUGACGUUACACUUGACCUUAUUUUAACAAAUAUUUCAGAAUUUUACACGGCACCUCGGCAACUCCCUCCGUUGGGAAGAUCAGACCAUUGUUCAAUCUUAUUUUCCCCCCAGGAUUAUAUUGCUCCUAAGGGACUGAACAAGAUUAUCUAUAGGCGGAAGCUAAAUCGGGAAAAUCUGCAUAAGCUAUCAUUAUGCUUGGAGAAACAGAACUGGUGUGAAGUUUACAGAGCUGACUCUGUUGUAAAUAAGAUGUCAGUGUUUUAUAAUAAAGUUAUCACUGCUCUUGACAAGUUUAUGCCCACCAAACCUUGCCGUUUAAACACCAACAACAAACCAUGGAUGACCAGUUACAUCAAGAACCUCAUUGUUAAACGUCAACGUGCUUGGAAGAAAGGCAAUGUCCCACUUCGUAACUUUUUCCAAAACAAAGUAUCUAAAGAGAUUAAGCUCGCCAUGGGCAAUCAUUAUAGGUAUAAUCUAGAUAACACAAGGUCCUGCAACCCCAGAAAAUGGUGGAAGGGUGUUAAAGCAAUAACUAGGCAGAAACCAAACAAGAUUCCUGAUAAGUUAAGAUUUGGUGGUCAUGAAGCAACUGGGGUUGAAUUAACAGAACUAAUUAAUAGUGUGUUUCUGCGGAUUGUUGACGAAUAUCAGCCCCUGGAACCAGUACCUACCCCUCCAGAUCUUAUAGUCCCUGAUAAUUUCUUGCUAUCAACUUGUCAAGUGUCCCGAAAACUGUUUAACCUUAAUGCCAAGAAGUCCUGUGGUCCUGAACCUAUCCCUACCAUUGUGUUAAAGAACUUGAGCACAAUUUUAGCCCCACCUUUAACUAAUAUCUUUAAUUCUUGUUUAAUGGAAGGUCUUUUUCCAUCUGAAUGGAAGAGUGCUGAUGUCUGCCCAGCCCCCAAGAAAACCAAAGUUGUUGAUAUAGAGAAUGAUUUAAGACCCAUAUCACUUACCUCACCAGUAGCGAAAGUCUAUGAGAGUCAUCUUAACUCACUACUACUUGAUCAUGUUGGCCCCAAAUUGGAUGAUCGCCAUUUCGGAUCUGUUAAAGGUUCGUCCACAACCUGUGCAUUGGUGGAUCUCAUGAACUUUCUAUAUUCCAAUACCGACAACCCAAACGAUGCAAUUAGACUCUGUUUUUAUGACUUGAGUAAAGGCUUUGAUGGAGUGGAUCAUAACAUCUUAUUGGAUAUCCUGAGAGAAUUGGAUGUCCAUCCUGUUCUAAUUCAGAGUAUUCGUAGUUUCUUGACAGGAAGGCACCAAAGAGUGUGUGUCAACGGUUUUUCAUCUGAAUGGAAACCG